ACUUUAUACAGAAAUCUCGUAAGAUCCCUGUGCAAACAAGGUGAUGAUUGUACAAAGAGUGGUAUUGAAUUCCCGACCUGGAAAAAAUGGUAAUCCAGUGGCAGAAAAUUUCCGAGUAGAAGAAGUAAGUUUACCAGAUCAUAUCAAUGAAGGACAAGUACAAGUCAGAACUCUCUAUCUUUCUGUGGAUCCUUACAUGCGCUGUAAAAUGAAUGAAGACUCUGGGUCUGAUUAUUUAGCACCUUGGCAGUUGUCUCAAGUGGUUGACGGAGGAGGUAUAGGGAUUAUAGAAGAAAGCAAACACACAAAUUUUACUAAAGGCGAUUUUGUGACUUCUUUCUACUGGCCCUGGCAAACCAAGGUUAUUCUGGAUGGAAAUAGCCUAGAAAAGGUAGACCCGCAACUCGUGAAUGGACAUCUUUCAUAUUUUCUUGGAGCUAUUGGUAUGCCUGGUUUAACUUCCUUGAUUGGGAUACAGGAAAAAGGUCAUAUAACUCCUGGAUCUAAUCAGACAAUGGUUGUUAGUGGGGCUGCUGGUGCUUGUGGAUCCUUGGCUGGGCAGAUUGGUCACUUGAUGGGCUGUUCCCGAGUGGUGGGAAUUUGUGGAACACAGGAGAAGUGCCUCCUUUUGACUUCAGAACUGGGCUUUGAUGCUGCAAUUAAUUAUAAAAAAGACAAUGUAGCAGAACAGCUCCGGAAACUAUGCCCAGCUGGUGUGGAUGUUUACUUUGACAAUGUUGGCGGUGACAUAAGUAAUACAGUGAUAAGUCAGAUGAAUAAGAACAGUCACAUCAUCCUGUGUGGUCAAAUUUCUCAGUACAACAAAGAUGUGCCUUAUCCUCCUCCACUACCUCCUGCUGUAGAGGCAAUCCAGAAAGAAAGAAACAUUGCAAGAGAAAGAUUUCUGGUGUUAAAUUAUAAGGACAAAUUUGAGUCUGGUAUUCUACAGCUGAGUCAAUGGUUUAAAGAAGGAAAGCUAAAGAUUAAAGAAACUAUGACAAAUGGAUUAGAAAACAUGGGAGCUGCAUUCCAGUCCAUGAUGACAGGAGGUAAUAUUGGAAAGCAAAUAGUUUGCAUUUCAGAAGAAACCUCUUUGCAGUCUCUAUAAACACCUUCAUCAAGGAAAUACAGAUUUCUUUCCAUUUUGCACAAAGACUUUCAUGACACAUUAAAAGAAACAAAAACCUUAGAGUGCAGAUAGCUUUUGGUUUAAAUGUAAUAAUAGGUGAUUAUUUUCUUAGUUGCAAAAUAAUUCUUUCUAUAUCUUCCAUAUUAUAUAUGUACUCUACAUCCAAAGUAUUAUUUACAACAAUAGAUUGAAGUCAAAAUGAUCUAUUUUUCUUUCUUUUCCUAAAACUAUUACAUAUGAUAUUUUUAUCAGAUAUACUGAAACCACUGGAGAUUUGAUACAACUAUUAAUGGAUCAUACAAAACAGCUUUUUAAAAUUAAUAACUUUUAUUGAAAAUGUAAUAGUUGAGAAGGCAUUUAGUAUAUAUUUGUAGAACUGGAAAUGUUUUACAUAAUUCUUGAACUGAAACUUGGCAUAAGAAGAAAAUUGAGAUGGCCUUUCUAUAUUGUACAUAAAAAAGGGACUUAAUGGCAGGGUGUUUGUCUGGAGUUUGGGGAAUUCAGAGCUCUGUGUUGGGACUAGUAUGAGAAGAUAAGUAGAGGUUCAUUAGGUUGAUGGAGAGACUGCAUUUGCUACAGAAGAUGAUCUAUUUGUGUUAUGCCAAAUUUACUGUAUAGUCUAAUAACUCAAAUAUUUAUUGAUAAGAGCAUAUGUUUAUUUUAGGUUAGCAGGCACAUACUGUCAAAUAGUUGUCAAGAUUUCCAGGGCAAAUAGAUAAACAUCACUUGGAGUUUUUGGUGAUUAAAAAGAUUGAGACAGUCUGGCUGGUGUGGCUCAGUGGUUGAGCAUCAACCCCAGACCCAAGAGGUCACUGGUUUGAUUCCUGAUUAGGGCACAUGCCUGGUUUGCAGGCAUCAUUCCAAAUAGGGGGUGUGUAGGAGGCAGCCAAUCCAUGAUUCUCUCUCACCAUUGAUGUUUCUGUCUCUUCCUCUCUUUCCUCUCUCUCUAAAAAUCAAUAAAAAUAUAUUUUUAAGCCCUAACCGGUUUGGCUCAGUGGAUAGAGCAUUGGCCUGUGGACUCAGGAGUCCCAGAUUCGAUUCCGGUCAGGGGCAUGUACUGUGGUUGCGGGCACAUACCCAGUGGGGAGUGUGCGGGAGGCGGCUUAUCGAUGUUUCUCUCUCAUCGAUGUUUCUGGCUCU